AUGGGUAAUACAACAUUCCAGGGAUCAUCUUACAUAUCCAAGCCUCCCACUCAUAUCUUCACGUUGCCUCUUGGCCUUGAUCUGCCUCCAGGACCCCCUGCCCAUACUUUUUUGGCGAGUUAUUUUGAAUCGUUUCUCGAUAUCAAGGUUCCUAUCACCAUUGCUGCUGUGUAUGCCAUAUCUGUUCACCUUGCCAACCAUGUUCGUAAAACCAACAAGACUCCAUUGUCUAUUUGCAACACCAAGCUUUUCAAGGGAUUCGUGCUUGCCCACAACAUUGGUCUUUGUAUCUACUCGGCUUGGACCUGUGCUGGUAUGACUGCUGCCAUCUACCGUACUGUAUUCGAGCUGACUAAGGUUGGUAUGUCUGCCAGUACCAGUGGUGAACAGGUUGCUGAUUUUUUGAGCGGUCAAGCUGGUCUUCUUGGCACCAGUAAACGGGGUAGUUUUUGGAGAUCUCUGUGUGAUUUGAACUCGGGUAUUUGGGAACAAGGUCUUAACUACUACGGAUUCUUCUUCUAUCUGUCGAAAUUCUAUGAGGUAUUUGAUACAGUUAUCAUUCUCGCCAAGGGUAAACAAUCGUCUCUUCUCCAAACAUACCACCACGCCGGAGCCAUGAUGUCCAUGUGGGCCGGUAUCCGAUUUGCAUCUCCUCCUAUCUGGAUCUUUGUUGUGUUCAACUCGUUGAUCCACACUCUGAUGUACUUCUACUACACCCUUUCCGCCCUCAAGGUCAAGGUUCCUAAAGCCCUGAAACGAGCUCUCACCACUGCACAAAUCUCCCAGUUCGUACUUGGUGGCUCUUUCGCAGUUCUCCACUUGUUUGUGUACUACUUCAAUCCGAGCACCGGCAACUACUGUGCCUGUUUGAAAGACGCUGGCCAGGGAUUCGCAUUGCUGUUCAACGUGGUGUACCUCGCUCCUCUAACCUAUCUGUUUGUGAACUUCUGGAUUGACCAGUAUGUCCGUUCGUUCAGAAAAGGAGCAGGAUCCCUCAAAACAGCCGCCCCCUCAUCAUCCCAGUCCAAAAAGACCAAAUAG